CAAUGAAAAAAAACAGAACCCACCCCGCCUUAUCCUCUCCUCCACCCCUCGCUCCCCCGUGCUCCACACCCGCAUCCCACCGCCUCGCCACCAGACCACCUCCCUGCCCGCGCCGCCGCACCACCUUCCUCCCCCGCGCCGCCUAGCCGCCAUCUUCGCCCGCGCCGUCGCCCCACCUCCUUCCCCCGCGCCGCCGCGGCGCCAUCCCGACGACCUCCUACCUCCCACCCCGCGUCGGCCCCUCCCUGCGAUGCGGCUGACCUCCUUCUUCCAACCCGCACCGCCGGAGCCCCGCCCCCGCCGCGCGUCGUCGGAGCCCUACCCUGCCACCUACCACCACGCUCCGCCUCCUCCCCUGCAGCACUUUCCCGUGGCACCGCCCCCUACUUCUCCUGGAUGGCCACCGCCCCCUGCUCCGUUGACCAGAACAGCCCCUCCUCCUCCCCAUCCAUGGUGGUCGUACCACCACCGUGACCUCUCCCGGUGCCGGAUCCGAUCCGCCUCCAGCGUCGUCGUCCCCGUGGGAUCCGGUGGGGUCCGCCUCCAGCGUCGUCAUCCUCGUGGGAUCCGGUGGGAUCCGCCCCCGCCCCCUCCCCAUUCACUACCUCCCUGUGGUGCCGGGCAACACCGCCGCGCUGCCAGGCCCCGCCCCCAUUGCACCAAUGAGCGCAUCAGCCUCAACCUCCGACGAUGGAUCCAGGCUCCCCCGGUCAGGCCGUGCCCCAAGUACCUGCACAGGAAAUGUGAAGUGGUGUAGUUCGGCUGGAUGGCCCGUUCCUCAAUUUUGUUGUUGUUGAAAACUGCACUUCAUUAGUUCAUUGUAAAAACUGCACUUCAUUACCACGAUGGUUAGUGAAAGUGUACCCCGUAGAAUUUUGUGUGGUUCGGCCAGUGGAGAGUACCGAUAUGUAUGGGUGUGUGGCUGUGUAAAACUAUCCGUAGUUGUGUAUGCUUUGUAGCUCACUUUGUUCUCUUGCGUUGUUCGCUAUAUAACUUUUCCGUGGUCCACUUGGCAAACACAAAA